AAUCAAAACAUGGCGUCGUCGAUGCUGAAGGUUGCAGUGACAGGAAUAUCCAGAUGUUCUCACGUCUCGCUCCUGAGGGCACAUUCAACAACAGCAUCCCUUCAUCAGAGUGUUCCUCGGUCCCUGUGGAAGCUGGGUAAACUGAACCACAUAGCCAUCGCUGUUCCUGACAUGGACAAGGCCACAGCCCUGUACCGAGAUGUCCUCUGUGCCACGGUGAGCGACAGAAUCCCCCUGCCUGAGCACGGUGUCUACACCGUGUUUGUGGAGCUGAGCAACACGAAGCUGGAGCUGCUCCAUCCUCUGGGGGAGAAAAGCCCCAUCUCUGGUUUCCUACAGAAGAACAAGUCUGGUGGGUUGCACCACAUUUGUAUAGAGGUAGAUGACAUUCAUGCUGCCGUGGCCGACCUGAAAGCAAAGAACAUCAGAAUUCUGUCAGAAGAACCACGGAUUGGCGCUCACGGGAAGCCGGUCGUGUUUCUUCACCCUAAAGACUGUGACGGUGUGCUGGUGGAGCUGGAAGAAGCCUGAGCAGACCACGGAAGCUGUUUAUGAACGCCUUUAGACUCCACAGACACUUUGAUAAUCACAGUCAUUACCUUCUCACUUCAGGAACCUGCUCAUAACUUCCCUGUUUUGGUCUGAAUUAAUUACAGUCCACCGUGUGUUGUGACUGUUUCAUAA